UCCACCGUUAAUCUUUCCUUCUCAGCUAGUUUCAAGUUUGUUUUCUUUGGCCUGUUUAUCCCCCGUUGUCUUCCUUUUCCGAUUUGCACAGCAAGUGAUUGGUUCCUCAAAACCGUAGCUAUCUGGACGAUCAGCAGAUUUGGGCUCCAAAAUGCCUUUCGUUAAGGUCGUCAAGAACAAGGCGUACUUCAAGCGCUUCCAGGUCAAGUUCCGAAGGCGCCGUGAAGGUCGCACGGACUACUUUGCCCGGAAGCGUCUUGUCAUCCAAGACAAGAACAAGUACAACACGCCCAAGUACCGCAUGAUUGUGCGUUGCUCCAACAAGGACAUUUGUUGCCAGAUAGCCUACGCCAGACUCGAGGGAGACAAGAUUGUGGCGGCUGCCUACUCUCAUGAACUCCCCCGUUAUGGCGUGAAGGUCGGGCUCUCCAAUUACGCUGCUGCCUACUGCACCGGCCUGCUUUUGGCCCGUCGGGUGCUCCAAAAAUUCAACCUCGACUCGAUUUACCCGGGACAGACCAAGGUGGACGGUGAGCACUUCAUGGUCGAAGAUGCCGCUGACAGUCCGGGAGCUUUCCGCGCUUGUCUGGAUGUGGGUUUGGCCCGUACCUCCACUGGAGCUCGCGUCUUUGGCGCCAUGAAGGGAGCUGCCGAUGGUGGUUUGGAUAUUCCUCAUUCCGAGAAGCGAUUCCCCGGUUACGAUGCCGAGGAGAAAUCCUUCAAUGCCCAAGUGCACCGAGAUCACAUCUUCGGCAAGCAUGUGGCUGAUUACAUGAAAUCUUUGAAGGAAGAAGAUGACGAUGCUUACAAGCGUCAAUUCUCCAUUUACAUCAAGAACGGUGUCAACGCCGAAUCCAUCGAAGGGAUGUACAAGAAAGCCCACGAAUCCAUCCGUAAGGACCCCGCCGCCAAGCCCAAACAAGAAAAGAAGGUCACCAAGAAGCGAUGGAACGCCAAGAAGAUUGGUUUGGCCGCUCGUCAAGAAAAGGUCAAGAAGGCCAAGGCCGAUUUCCUCUCGCAAAUCGAGGCCCAACGGGAUUAGACCAACAUCCACAGCAGGUCGGUCAGUUUGGUGGUCAGCCAGUUAGCUCCACCAGCUUACCGAUGCGAAGCAACAAUUAUGACCUAAUAAACAUAUACGUCAAGAUUG